ACGGCGCAUGAUAUCUCUGCUCAUCAGUGCUCUCGUCUUCCAAACCCCCGAUUUCUCUCGGGGUGGCUGACCCCCUCAAACCGGUGAGACGGCGCCAACACGGCACCUAACGAAGCCGCUUCACCAAUUCGUGGUAGAAACAAAGGCUCUGGACCACAAAAAGCGGGGCAGCCACUGCAAUGGGCUAAAGCCAGAAUCCGAGGGGCUGCGGGAGGCCAGGACUAGAAUGGCUUGGAAAAAAAAAAAGAGAUACGCCUUCGAAAUCGCUUCGAGAUGAUGAUUAAUUACAGCCGUCCCGUGGUUGGCUGUGAUAAUAAACUGGGCCGGGCUCAUGUCAAGCCCAGCAGAGUCGACUCGACCCGACAGCGUGGGUACGGAAUGCCGAGCGCAAACACUGCGCCACUGGAAGCUGUCUGUGGUCAGCCAGCAGCUUGGGAACGACGGUCAUGGCAUUCGUUGGCUGCGGUGGAGCAUGGCCCCGUCCCCGACCAUUGGGGCGGAAAUGGCGGACACUCCUCGAAGGGGUACGGUGAAUGCUGGGGAGGCCGAAUUCCCGGGAUUGGUGAGCUGCCGGCGUGGGUGUCCAACUGCGAACUGCCACGACAAACGCAGUCAACCAGCAAAAAUCUACCCUUCCUACGGAGCUGGGAACCGGGCCCAGAGCGCAUGACUGAUUCCCCAAUCGAUGUUUCCUUGUGCAUGCAGGUAAUGUGGAGCAAGGUGAGAAACGGAACCCAAGCGGAUGAAAGCUCUUUGUUCCGGCCCAGUACCGAACUCUGUCGACCAUGGACUCCGUACAGAGGGAUCAAACUGCGCAGCCAAGAUGUCAUCCAUCAACAGUCGACUCACUCCACAACGGAAUGGACCUCGUACUUCCGACCACACCAAGAGAAGCUCAGAGAGGCUGCCCAGCUUCCAGAGCCGGCAAAGCGGUCACUCUCCUGAGAACCACUGCCCCAUCCCCCGACGGCUCCGGUGACAUCGGAGGCACGGAUGCACUCUGUGGAAAAGAAAUGCAAGCAAGCAAUUUUCUUGGGAACAGCAGCACGUCAGUCAACCCAAGGGUGACAAGCUAACGCACCUGACAAGCUUGUCUGAUCAGCGCCACCAACCGCUCAGUCGGGUCAAUGGACGUCGCCUGACGUCCAAUGUACGAGCCAUGUGU